CAGCAUCAAAAGGUGUCACGCAAUGCAUCAUGAUGCUUUAUUCUUCUGCUGCCAAAAUUCAUUUUGAUUUUGAUUAGAAUCUCUGAAUUUUCGGAGUCAGAUUCAUAGAAUUGAUUAUGAGAAAGCACCAGAAAUUAAUUGCUUAAUCAUCUAUAUAACAGUACAGGUUUUGCCAAAACAAUGGGCGCUACUGCUACACCUUUUGCCUCCUUCAAUUCCCAAACCACCACCACUAGUACUAAAGAUUCUUAUAGAAGCUUCUCGACUCACACUUUCUCUACCGCUUUCCGCCGUCAACCACCGCCACCUCCUCCGUCGUCAUUCCGCCGCAAACCACUCAAACUCAUCACGAUGGCUCAACAACAACAACAUCUCACCCUCGCACCUGUCAAUGGUAACGGUUCCAUCACCGCACCGGCCACCACCCUCCUCUUCGAUCAACAACUUCUCCAGAAAAUCGCUGACGACGCUCUCGUUUGGGCCUCCCUCCACGGCCUCGUUAUGGGCGACAAAUCUGUUCAGAGAUCAGGGACUGUUCCUGGUGUUGGCUUGGUGCAUGCUCCGUUUGCCUUGUUUCCCACGUUAUUUCCAGAGAGUCAGUGGAGGCAAGCGUGUGACUUGGCUCCUAUUUUCAAUGAACUUGUUGAUCGUGUCAGUUUGGACGGAAAGUUUCUGCAGGAAUCUCUCUCCAGAACUAAAGAAGUGGACGAGUUUACCUCUAGACUCUUAGACAUCCAUUCCAAGAUGCUAGCGAUUAAUAAAAAAGAGGAAAUACGCUUGGGAUUACAUCGUUCGGACUAUAUGCUUGAUGAAAAGACUAAAUCACUUCUGCAAAUAGAGCUGAACACUAUUUCCUCUUCAUUUGCUGGUUUAGGGAGUCUUGUCACUGAACUUCAUAGGUACAUACUAUCUCGUUAUGGUAAAUUGCUUGGACUAGAUUCGGGAAAGGUUCCUGCCAAUAAUGCUGCCACUCAGUUUGCAGAGGGCUUGGCUAGAGCUUGGACUGAGUAUAAUGACCCCAGGGCUGUGAUUAUGAUUGUGGUUCAGGCUGAAGAACGAAACAUGUAUGACCAACAUUUUCUUUCUGCAGUUCUAAGAGAUAGGCAUCAGAUUGCGAUUGUACGUAAAACCUUGGCAGAAGUUGAUCGAGAAGGAGAAAUUCUACCGGAUGGAACACUUUCUGUUGAUGGACAACGAAUUGCCGUCGUUUACUUCCGUGCUGGCUAUACACCAGUUGAUUAUCCUUCUGAAUCAGAAUGGAGAGCCAGACUACUGAUGGAGCAAUCCUCUGCUAUUAAAUGCCCUUCAAUAUCUUAUCAUUUGGUUGGCACCAAGAAAAUUCAACAGGAACUUGCAAAUCCCGGCGUACUUGAGAGGUUUCUUGAAAACAAAGGCGAUAUUGCCAAACUGCGUGAAUGCUUUGCAGGACUAUGGAGUUUGGAUGACUACGAUAUUACUAGAAAAGCAAUUGAAAAGCCAGAGUUAUUUGUGAUGAAGCCCCAGAGAGAAGGAGGAGGAAACAAUAUUUACGGCAACGCUGUGAGGGAGACCCUCCUAAAGUUGCAGCAAGCAGGUUCUCAAGAAGAUGCAGCUUACAUUCUUAUGCAGAGGAUAUUUCCAACUUUGUCUGCAGCAGUUUUGAUGCGCAAUGGUUGUUGGCAUAAGGACCAUGCCGUUUCAGAACUUGGGAUUUUUAGCACUUAUUUAAGGAAUAAGGAUAGGGUAGUUAUGAACAACCAAAGUGGCUAUUUGAUGCGUACAAAAAUUUCAUCAUCUGAUGAAGGUGGAGUUGCAGCUGGUUUUGCAGUAUUAGAUAGUGUAUACCUGACUUGACGUUGCCAAUCCCUUAAGUUAUCCGGGUAAAUCAAAACAUUACGCGAGUAAUUGUUUACAUUGGAUACUUAUAUAACCUGCCAAUGCUUUCCUUAACUGUAAAUCAACGACCUGUUUGAUUCUAACCAAGAUUGAUGAACUGUACAAACCUGUUUAUUCUUAUUUAAAGGCAGUUUGUAAGCUGUUUUAGCAUGGGUUUGAGUUGAUGGUUUUGACAAGGAGAGCUCAUGUCUUCAGAUAAGCCGCUCAAGGGUCAUGAACAUGACAGUUUAACACUAUUUUGUUAUUAGUGAAAUGUGAUCAUACAAAAUAAGUCCACUUUUUGUCAGUGAGGUCAGCAUGUGAAAGCAUUACCAUUAUUAUAAAUUUAACCGUGCCUGUGUCUACAUUGAUCAAUUUUUUUGGAAAAUAUUAUGUAAUGCCCUGAAGUUUGAGACCUGGUUUGGUUAUAAAAUGCUGGUAAUGCAUUAUGAAAGAAACAUGAUUUAAACUCAUCA